GUUUCUCUCAUUUAGCACGCCACAACACUUGUUGGCGAUUUGUGCAAAUCACCGCAGAUUUUCCGAGGCAGUGGUAGUUCGUUGUUGUUGUUGUUUGGGUUCCCGCUGGACAAGACCAGAAGCACCAGCGACAGGAGGAGGAGUGACCAAAAAAGGAUGGCAACCCACGCUGUGCGCAAGGCGGCCCACGCCUUGGCCGAGGAAGGCGAGCUCCUGAACGUCUACUCCGAGCUCAAAGACCUCGCCAGCGCCCUCGAUUCCCGUGUUCGGCAGCAAGAGCGAGCAACAAAGUCGUUGCUGACGUGGACUGCAAAGAAAGAAGACCAAGUCAUCGAGGAGUUUGUUGCCUGUCUUGGUGACUCAGAGAUGGCUUCCAUCGCCGUCGACAGACAAUACAUUGAAGAGUUUCGGCUCUUCACCAGGCUGUGGAAGACAGUGUUGGCAGAAAAGAAGGAGCUCAACGCCAAAGUCAACGCGUACAAAAAGGCCCAAAAGAACUUGGAACAAGCCCGAAAGAAGUAUGCAGCAGCAGAAACCAAGCAGCCGCGCGAUGAGGACCGGCUGAACAAAGCGCGAAAGGCGCUGGAGAGCAUGGAGCAGUCUGCAGCAGAGGUGGAGCGCGCAAUGCAGGACAAGCUGCUCGAGGUCCAGCAGGAAAAACACACCACCCUCAGAUCAGGAUACAUGGGGCUCUACAAAGCAACCAUGGAGCGACUGAAGGGGCUUGUUGACCAGCAGCAGCAGAUGCGGGAGGUGAUCAACGCCUUUCCGCUCGUCAUCGGGCGAAAGGGCGACGACGAGUUUGAAUACGGGCCCGCCCCAGAUACGGAGGAAAAGCCGCUCUGGGCGCGCGGUGAAGAGUUGAUGGCGGAACUGGUGAAGCUGCGUGACACAUAUGACUCGCAAGUCGAGAAGAUCAGAUCACAGCACACGGCGGAGAUGAAGCGCGUGAUCCGGGAGCGGGACGACAUUGAUGCGCAGAAGAGCGAAUCGUAUUCCGCAGAGGUGGUCGCCAUGAACAGGAAGAACACCCAGAUGAUCGACCAGCUCGAGGCUGAGCACCAAAAGGCCCUGGCUGAGCUGAAGGCAAAGCUGGAGGCAACAGAGAAACGCCUGCAACAGUCAAUCAGAGAGUUGGAGGCAAAGGUGCAGAGGCUGGAGGCGCAGAAGAAGGAGCAACACCGACAGAUCCUUCAGCACACGCAGGAAGUCAACAGAUUGGAGGAGACACUCGAGUCCACGAGGACGGCGUGCGUCGCGCGUGCAGUGACACUUGGCAAGCAAGCCAUUGCAUCAACGGCCGAAGGCCUACCGCGCCCCAUCAGCGCUUGGCUGCUGGAUCUCCUGCGUGCCGUCAAGACAAAGUUUGACGAGUUCACAGCAGCGCUGAGCGACAAGAAGCCGUUUGACGAGGUUGACGCCGCUGUAGACGCCUUUGCACACCGCAGCGCCCAAGUCAUCUCAGUUGCAUAUGCACUGGCGAAAGCUUCAAAGGCGGAAGACAGCUCCUCGUUACUCGAACACGCAGCCGCCUUUGCAAAGAGUGCACAAGCCGUCUUGGACGCACACAAAUCCAAAGGUGCACCACAGGCGGCGACAGGGAAGCCCGCGCCUCUCGCACGAUCGCUCACCAAGGCAGACAACAUUGUCAUCGACCCUGCAAAGAAGAAACAGCAAAUGGUGGCGCUGUACGACCACGCAUCGAGCACGCACGGCGGCUCUGUGCUCCUCGGCUUCAAGAAGGGCGAUGUCAUGACGCUCAUCCGCAAGCGUGACGACGGCUGGUGCAAGGUGGUCAAGGGCUCUGAGCAGGGCUGGGCGCCAACCUCGUACCUCAAGCCGGCGGACCCCUCGGCCGCGUCCACAUCGGAUGCCGCCUCUGCGCCAUCGUCGCCACAGCGGCAGCAGCGGUCUGCGUCGCCAAGCCAGCCGCCGGCAACGCAGCCUGCCACACCUGCACCCUCCCUGGACGAAGCAGGCAAGCGAUUUGCUGCUGCGCUGCAGUCGCUGACGGCGGCGGCCAAGGCCGUCAUCGCCCGCGACCGCGAACUCGCCUCCCUCUCAAACGCUCUGGCUGAGGGCAUUGAGGGCAAAGUCACUGCGGCACAACAGUCUGUCCUGGACACGCGCGGACACAUUCAGAAAAUGGAUGCGGAGACAAAGGGCAAAGACAAAGGUCGACGCUUGGAAGUCAACACCAACAUCCUUGGCCUCGCCACAAAGCUGAUGGACGUGAUGGAAGGGCUGAUCUCUGCUGCCGACGCCAUGCGAGAUGCACUGGAGAACACCCGCGGCAUGCAGAGCGAAGACGAAUUCAACAUGAAGCACAGCUCAUGGUUCCAGGGCCUCACCACCGCUGUCGACGCCAUGGUGGAACACAACCCGGUCCUCACUGAAUCACUUCGCUCGGUGGUGCGACAACAAGGCAAACACGAAGAAUUGCAAGUCAGCGCCAGAAACUUGUCUGCGUCUGUAGCGCAACUGGCUGCUCUGUCUCGCACGAAGAGCAUGCCCAACGGCGACCACUCGCAGGCAGAUAUCAAUCGCCUGAGCGAGGAGUUCAAGCAAACAGUGCACGAAAUUCUUGCCGCUGUGCGCGAGUGCAAGGAGCUGGAGCUGGCCUCUGUCCACUUUGACGACUAUGGCUCACUGUCUGAGAACGAUGCGAAGCGGCUGCUGAUGGCCACGCAAGUGAACGUGCUCAAGCUCGAGAGCGACCUCAACAACGAACACGAAAAGCUGCGCCGCCUGCGCAGGAUUGCUCAUUACGAAGAGAAGGCAUCUGCCAUAUAUCCUUCUGUCUCAGCGCUCUCGUGUGAAUGGCAACACUAA